AUGAAGGAGAAGCUGCAGGAACGCAGAUAUGCCUGCGACUACGAGGGCUGCGGCCGUGCCUUUUCGCGCCAGUUCAACCUCAAGGCGCACAAGAAGACCCACGAAGAUUGCCGCGACCGCCCCUUCGAGUGCCCAAUCUGCAACCAGCGAUUCUUCCGCAAUCAUGAUCUGACGCGACACUCGACUGUCCACACCAAGGUGAAGGAGUGGAAGUGCGAGAGCUGUGACAAAGAAUUCACACGCAAGGAUGCCCUUGCUCGCCAUGUCCUCCGCCAGUGCGGGACGGCUGCUGCAGACCUCGAGUAA